UACUUCUUCCCCAGGUAGCGCCUGUCUGCCUGACAAAUUAAUCAUUAAUGACAAAAUACUGUAAGACAUACAGUAAGUAUUAUUUAAUUUUCAUGAUAUGAUGCCACCCGCGACCUCGAUAGGGACAAGCGGUAGAAAUGGAUGGACGGGAUGGAUAUGAUGCCAUAUCUUUGGACGCUGACUCAGUAAUUGUCACCACAAACUCCCCGUUACAUGUCAUUUUUGAAAGUCCAGUGGUUCCCAGUUUUACUUUCAUGUUGUCUUCGUGACCAGCUGCCAGUCCGUCAUGUCCAUUCCAGUCUGGACAUUCCUCCCACUUCUACAGGACGCUUGAGUUCCUUCUGGCUCUCCUGUGUGCUGGGAUGGAUGAAUCAAGACCGCUGCUGCCUAGGAGACAAUCAUCAUCUGAAUCCACGUUUCAAAAAUCCAAUCUGCUCCUGGCGGUUUUUGCCGCCGUUUUGGGGAACUUCAACUUUGGUUAUUCUUUGGUCUAUCCGUCCCCCGUCCUGCCGGUGCUCCAAGGUCCUGAUGCGGACCCCCGGCUGAGGAUGGACACCUCCCAGGCCGCCCUGUUCGGCUCGGUCUUCAUGCUGGGCGUGGCUGGUGGCGGGCUGGCGGCCAUGCUGCUCACGGACCUGAUUGGGAGAAAGCUGAGCAUCAUGGCGUCAGCAAUACCUUCUGCUAUUGGUUACCUGUUAAUGGGAGGGGCUACAGAGCUGUGGAUGCUCCACCUUGGCCGUAUCCUCACAGGUGUUGCCGGUGGGGUGACAUCAGCAUCCAUUCCUGUGUACAUCUCUGAGAUCUCCCAUAAAUCCCUGAGAGGAACACUGGGCUCCUGCCCUCAGUUCACUGCCGUGUUUGGAGCCUUGGUGCUCUACGCUUUAGGUCUUGUGUUACCUUGGCGCUGGCUUGCAGUGGUCGGGGGUGUGCCAGCAUUGCUGAUGGUGGUCCUGCUGGCCUUCAUGCCCGACUCCCCCAGACGGCUGCUGAGCCUGGAGAGAGAGCAGCAGGCCGAGCUCGCCCUCCGCUGGCUGAGAGGAGUCCACUAUGACGUGCAGAGCGAGCUGGAGGCCAUUAAGCUCAGUAUCAGCCUGCAGAGACAUCUGCCGUGGUCCCAGCUGGCCAAGCCCGUCUACUACCGGCCCAUCAUCAUCUCCGUGGCCAUGCGUCUGCUGCAGCAACUCACCGGCAUCAGUCCCGUUCUCGUCUACUUGCAGCCCAUUUUUUCUCACAGCAACGUCUCGCUGGAUCCCGGGUUUGACGCUGUAAUCGUGGGCUUGGUUCGCCUCCUUUCCGUUACCGUGGCAGCGGUUUUGAUGGACAAGGCCGGGCGUAAAGUUCUACUGUACAUCUCAAGCUUCCUGAUGUUCUUGUCCACCCUGACCCUGACCAUGAUUUCCUACAAUGCACCUGACCUCCCUGGCCCCGGACCCUCCAACCUCACUCUAAGUACUCUGCACACCGCCAGCAAGCACACGGCUGCAGGGCCCCUUCCACUUAUCAGCGUCAUGGUAUUCAUUUUUGGAUACGCCAUGGGGUGGGGGCCCAUCACCUGGCUGCUGAUGUCAGAGGUGUUGCCUCUGGUGGUCAGGGGCGUGGCCUCAGGCCUGUGCGUGACGGUCAGCUGGUUGACGGCCUUUGCCCUCACCGCCGCCUUCACCUACCUGGUGGACAGGUACGGCCUGUACGUGCCUUACCUUUUCUUCACCGUGGUGUGCGUCCUGUGCCUGCUCUUCACCGCCGUCUGCGUGCCGGAGACUCGCGGCCGCUCGCUGGAGGAAAUAGAGAACUAUUUCAGGACGCGGACAUUUACUAUUGAGAGUGAACGUUCCAAUGAGGGGCGACGUCCAUUUCCUACCGCUUGUCCCUCUCGGGGACAAGAAGAAGAAAUAUGAAAGUGCAUGUCCACGUGUCAGUCCUGUGAUUGACAGCUGAUCCGUCCCAGGUGUCAGCUUCCUUCUGGCCAUCAACAGCUUGAGGAGUUUGCAACUGGAAUGUACGACUCCAUAAUGCAAAUAUGAUUCAUGUGUGUGGGAAAGAUUUUUUAAAAAGAUGCACACUUUGUCUCAAAGCAUGUUAAAUAGAUUUCAGUGGACUGGACAUAAAAUAGAAUGUAAAAAACCCUCAUAGAAAUGGGUUAUUAGAAGUCAAAUAUAUGAAUGUUGAAAUGUGCAAACCUAACUGCAAAGAAAUUGGCUGAAAAUGUUAGCAUGCUAUUGUGAGCACGGAACAUUAGCAUUAGUGGCCUGCAAACGUGUAUGAAAUUGAGGCGUACGCACCCAAAAUUAGCAUAAAAGUUAGCAAAUGCCACGUACAAAGUUAUGACUUUGAGGUGUACGCCUGCGAAAUUUGUAAAAAAAAAAAAAAAGUUAGCAUCUUAACAGUUAGCAUGUGUCAAGAACCAAGUUAUAUGACUCUGAGGUGGACGCCUGCAUAAUUAGCAAAAAAAGAGUUAGCAUCUUAACAGUUAGCAUGUGUCAAAAACCACGUUAUAUGACUGAUGUGUACGCCUGCAAAAUUUCCCCCAAAAAACAGUUAGCAUGUGUCAAGAACGAAGUUAUAUGACUGAGGUGUACGCCUGCAAAAUCUGCACACAUAACAAUUUAGCAUCUUAACAGUUAGCAUGUGUCAAGAACCAAGAUAUAUGACUCUAAGGUGGACGCCUGCAAAAUUAGCAAAAAAAAGAGUUAGCAUCUUAACAGUUAGCAUGUGUCAAGAACCAAUUUAUAUGACUCUGAGGUGGACGCCUGCAUAAUUAGCAAAAAAAAGAGUUAGCAUCUUAACAGUUAGCAUGUGUCAAGAACCAAUUUAUAUGACUCUGAGGUGUACGCCUGCAAAAUUAAAAAAAAAAAGUUAGCAUCUUAACAGUUAGCAUGUGUCAAAAACCACGUUAUAUGACUGAUGUGUACGCCUGCAAAAUUUCCGAAAAAAAAACAGUUAGCUUGUGUCACGAACGAAGUUAUAUGACUGAGGUGUACGCCUGCAAAAUCUGCACACAUAAAAAUUUAGCAUCUUAACAGUUAGCAUGUGUCAAGAACCAAGAUAUAUGACUCUAAGGUGGACGCCUGCAAAAUUAGCAAAAAAAAGAGUUAGCAUCUUAAUAGUUAGCAUGUGUCAAGAACCAAUUUAUAUGACUCUGAGGUGGACGCCUGCAUAAUUAGCAAAAAAAAGAGUUAGCAUCUUAACAGUUAGCAUGUGUCAAGAACCAAUUUAUAUGACUCUGAGGUGUAUGCCUGCAAAAUUUGAAAAAAAAAAGUUAGCAUCUUAACAGUUAGCAUGUGUCAAGAAUCAAGUUACAUGACUGGGGUGUACACCUGCAACAUUUGCAAAAAAAGUUAGCAUCUUAACAGUUAGCAUGUGUCAAGCACCACGUAAUAUGACUGAUGUGUACGCCUGCAAAAUUUCCCCCAAAAAACAGUUAGCAUGUGUCAAGAACGAAGUUAUAUGACUGAGGUGUACGCCUGCAAAAUCUGCACACAUAAAAAUUUAGCAUCUUAACAGUUAGCAUGUGUCAAGAACCAAGAUAUAUGACUUUAAGGUGGACGCCUGCAAAAUUAGCAAAAAAAAGAGUUAGCAUCUUAAUAGUUAGCAUGUGUCAAGAACCAAUUUAUAUGACUCUGAGGUGGACGCCUGCAUAAUUAGCAAAAAAAAGAGUUAGCAUCUUAACAGUUAGCAUGUGUCAAAAACCACGUUAUAUGACUGAUGUGUACGCCUGCAAAAUUUCCCCAAAAAAACAGUUAGCAUGUGUCAAGAACGAAGUUAUAUGACUGAGGUGUACGCCUGCAAAAUCUGCACACAUACAAAUUUAGCAUCUUAACAGUUAGCAUGUGUCAAGAACCAAGAUAUAUGACUCUAAGGUGGACGCCUGCAAAAUUAGCAAAAAAAAGAGUUAGCAUCUUAACAGUUAGCAUGUGUCAAGAACCAAUUUAUAUGACUCUGAGGUGGACGCCUGCAUAAUUAGCAAAAAAAAGAGUUAGCAUCUUAACAGUUAGCAUGUGUCAAGAACCAAUUUAUAUGACUCUGAGGUGUACGCCUGCAAAAUUAAAAAAAAAAAGUUAGCAUCUUAACAGUUAGCAUGUGUCAAAAACCACGUUAUAUGACUGAUGUGUACGCCUGCAAAAUUUCCGAAAAAAAAACAGUUAGCUUGUGUCACGAACGAAGUUAUAUGACUGAGGUGUACGCCUGCAAAAUCUGCACACAUAAAAAUUUAGCAUCUUAACAGUUAGCAUGUGUCAAGAACCAAGAUAUAUGACUCUAAGGUGGACGCCUGCAAAAUUAGCAAAAAAAAGAGUUAGCAUCUUAAUAGUUAGCAUGUGUCAAGAACCAAUUUAUAUGACUCUGAGGUGGACGCCUGCAUAAUUAGCAAAAAAAAGAGUUAGCAUCUUAACAGUUAGCAUGUGUCAAGAACCAAUUUAUAUGACUCUGAGGUGUAUGCCUGCAAAAUUUGAAAAAAAAAAGUUAGCAUCUUAACAGUUAGUGUGUGUCAAGAAUCAAGUUAUAUGACUGAUAUGUACGCCUGCAAAAUUUCCCAAAAAAAACAGUUAGCAUGUGUCAAAAAUGAAGUUAUAUGACUGAGGUGUACGCCUGCAAAAUCUGCACACAUAAAAAGUUAGCAUCUUAACAGUUAGCAUGUGUCAAGAACCAAGAUAUAUGACUGUGUACGCCUGCAAAAUUUGACAAAAAAAAGUUUGAAUCUUAACAGUUAGCAUGUGUCAAGAACCAAGUUAUAUGACUCUGAGGUGGACGCCUGCAAAAUUAGCAAAAAAAAGAGUUAGCAUCUUAACAGUUAGCAUGUGUCAAAAACCACGUUAUAUGACUGAUGUGUACGCCUGCAAAAUUUCCGAAAAAAAACAGUUAGCAUGUGUCAAGAACCAAGAUAUAUGACUGUGUACGCCUGCAAAAUUUGACCAAAAAGAGUUAGAAUCUUAACAGUUAGCAUGUGUCAAGAACCAAGUUAUAUGACUCUGAGGUGGAUGCCUGCAAAAUUUGAAAAAAAAAAGUUAGCAUCUUAACAGUUAGCGUGUGUCAAGAAUCAAGUUAUACGACUGGAGUGUACAUCUGCAACAUUUGCAAAAAAAGUUAGCAUCUUAACAGUUAGCAUGUGUCAAGAACCAAGUUAUAUUACUGAGUUGUGCGCCUGCAAAAUUUGA